CAGAUUCCUGAACAUCUUCUUCGUCUUCUGCACCAAUAGACCGCACCUCUCACUCUUAUAGAUCGCAUACGAUAUCUGAUGCUCCUUCAGCGCCUUGUCCUCGAACCAGUUCGAUAUCCUGCAGGGCGGCCUGUAGAUAGUACGAUUCCUGAGUAUGGCCUCCUUUUCCAGAAGUUCUCUCUUCGAAUCGAACGCCAUUUUGACGCAGGUUGUCACAUUGGCAGCCAUCAAUUUUUGUGUCUGUUUUGUCUGGUUUUUUUCGUCCCCAAGAUGAUCCAGCCGGAGUCGCAGAAAGACAGGGAGGAGAGGGAUAUGAUGUUCUCCAUAAGGCCGGCGUUCAACGCUCCCUGCAAGCUGGGGAACUGGAACGAAGACCUGUUUCUGCAGGAGGAGAAGACAGCCUUCGCGGCUUACAAGAGGGACAGGGGCCAGCUGCUGCUGCAGAAGACCAAGAAGAUGUUCAGGAACCUGUCCAGGCCGCUGCAGCUGUCCCACUCUCUGGUGAUGCUAAAGUACGGGGAGAAUUACCAGAUCGUCGCUCCGGAUAUACCGUGCGAGACCUGCAGAGCCAAGGUACGUCCUGUGUACUUGGCCGGUUUGGUCACUGAGAGGGAGAUCGAUACGAGGCAGGAGUUCUCUCAUGGGUCUGUUGUCGUGGGAUGUGUGGAUGGGACGCCUUGCGUCAGGAAUACUUUCAAAUUUGUUGGUUGCGACAGAGACAAAACAGGAGAACCCUUGACCUUCAGCGAAGACUUCUACCUCCAGAUAGUGGGAGGUUCUGAAGAGGCCCUAUACGUGCGUUGUGAGAACAGCAUGGCUCAAAUGGGCUACCAUCCUACACCGACGUUGUCCAAGUUUGCUGACGCUUAUUGCAGGUUCAAGAUGCUGCACUUCGACCCAGGCCUCAGACUGGAGCGCGAGGGCGCCAUCACCCGCGCCAACGACAAGGUGAUCAUCCAGAACGUGCCGACCGGCAAGAACCUGGCAGUAGAGAACCACCUGGUGACGACCUUCUUUGGCAACGAAUACGUGAUCUCCUGUCACACCUUCAGGGACACGCACAAGAUGGAGACGGCGGAGAACGUGUGGAAGGUGGUGGGCGAGGAUCUGCAGGAUAUAAAUGCGGUCGUCAGGGCGGCCAAGGGCGAGGACGUGCCGCCCGAGCUGCUCAAGUGAUUCGGGGAGUGAAAGAUGAAUUUUUGUUGAAGUGUUUGUUUGGUUUUGUCAACCGAGAUGACAGUAAAAGCGUUGUUUUUAUCA